AAACAAAUAACAUCACACCCUGAAGCGAGUGCUAACAACGAACAGCCUUGUUUUCCGAAGCCUUUGAAAACUUAUUCUCCCCAACACCCAAUAAUUGCUACAGGCUGAUCCAUCCUAAGAUAAAUUCUAUUAGGUGUUAUCACUCUACCAAUUAAUUCAAUCUACCCUUUUAAUUUAUUAUCCACUUUAUCGCGAGACGUCUCUCUUACACACACAAGUCCAAAGCCUUGAUUGCGAGAUACCAACCAACAACACCCAACCAACCUACACAACCGAAUUUCCUCAUCAUCCAAAACAAUAUAUUCACUAACAAAGAAAAUGGUCGAAAAGAAAGCUGCUAGUCGUAAGAAUUCAAACGGAAGCUCCCUCUUCACUGCUGAAGAUGAUCAAAAACUUAUCGAAGGCUACAGAAAGUAUGGUAACAACUGGAAGGACAUUUCCAAAGAGUAUUUUAAUGGUAAAUUCAAGACUAACCAAUUGUUCCAACGUUAUAAGAGAGUCCUUGUUGCUAAGGACAAGGAAAGUACCUGGUCAAAGAAUGAAGACAUUGAACUCCUUUCAGUCUAUCAUCACUUUGAAGGAUCAUGGGUUCAAAUGAGCAAGAAGUAUUAUAUUGACACAAGAACUGAUAACCAACUUUCAAAUAGAUGGGCUAGUUUAAAGAAGAGUUGUUGUUUGAUUGAUACUUUUGCCAAGUUGAAACCUACUGUCAAGAAGGAUCUCUACAAUUUAUAUAAGAAAGUUAGAAAGGCUGAUGGUCCUGAUGCUAUUAAGAAUACAAAUUAUACCGAUAUUGUCGAAAUUCCAGACGAUUCAUUCCCAAAGAUUUACCUUGGUGAAGGUAGAAAGGUUCAAAAAGAAGGAUCAAAGAAGAGAAAGUCAACCAAGAAAUCAACUGAAACAAUUGAAUCACCAAAGAAGAGAAAGUCAAAUACUAAGGAUGCUUUCAUAGUUGAAGAAGAAGAGGAAGAAGAUAACUCAUCUGUUUCUUCAUCUGAAGAAGAUAAUACUUCUGAAGAAGCUCCACUUCGUGUUAUUCCAACAAGAAGAUCUCAACGUGUAAAUUAUUCCAAGAUGCUCAGUGAUGAAGAAGAAGAAGAAAAGCAAUCAUCACCUGAAGAUGAAAAGCCUCAUCUCUCUGCAGAUCAAAUCCAAUGGCUCAAGGCUCAAAAGUGUCCUGCCAAGAGACAAUCAUCAUCAAGCACUGCUCCAUUUACUUUUGAUCUUGCUUGUGAUGAACAUCUUGAAAACACUGUUACUCAACAACCACAACCAGUCCAACAACCACAACAAACUGUAUCUGUACAACCAUUGGCCAUGCCAACCAAGCAAAUCCAAUACACAGUUGUUGAAAAUCAUGAUUUUAACUUGGACUUUAACGAAGAUGAAUUCCUUGAAAUUGAAAGAUUUAUUGGUGCUCCAUAUAGCCACUACGAACAAGAAAGAACCAUCUCUAUUGAAGAUAUUGUUAAUCAAACAAGAAGCAUUAAGGAAUUUUUCGAGCAAACAAAACCAACUCCAAAGGUUGAAGAAGAACAAAAUCUAUUCGACUUUAAUAUGACAGAUUUUGGUGAAGAUGGUCUUGACUUGUUUGAUUUCUCCAAUCCUUCAAGAGCUCCAAAGUCUCCAUUGUUAUUUGAAGAUGGUUUGGACUUUUAAAUCUUGAUCAUCAAUUUUGCCUUCCGAAUCUCUCCCACACAAAUCUAACGAUUGUACUACCCUAAGCUUUUUUACUGUACCAGAAAUAUGUACAUAACAUCAAAUCAUUACUAAUUUAUAAACACAAAUCUCUU